AACAAUUUAUUAUCGAAAAACAUGGCUGAUUCAGGAAUGGAGACUUGUAUUUCGGAUCCAGAGUUGUCAGAUUCUAGGAAAAGACCACUGGACGGAGACGUCGAAAAUGGCUCAACAAAGCGCUCACAUUUUGGCGGAGGUGGUGAUGGGAUGUAUCACCUGAAGAUCCUGGUGCCCGGCACAGCCGCGGGCGCCAUCAUCGGGAAAGGAGGGGAAACCAUUGCACACAUACAGAAAGAUACCGGUGCAAAGGUUAAGAUGUCCAAAGCUAAUGACUUCUAUCCAGGCACUUCGGAACGAGUGUGCUUGAUAACAGGCAGUGUGGAGGCCAUCAUGUCUGUGAUGAAUUUUAUCAGCGAGAAGAUCCGUGAGAAACCAGAAAAAGAAUUUGAAACAAAGCCGUCUGAUAGAGAGAAACAGUCUCGCAUACAGGUGAAGAUUCUUAUCCCGAACACCACAGCUGGCAUGAUCAUUGGGAAAGGUGGAAACUACAUCAAACAGAUCAAGGAAGAGAGCGGUGCUUACGUGCAGAUUUCCCAGAAAGCCAGAGACCAGUCGUUGCACGAACGCUGCAUCACCGUUAUUGGCGACGUGGAGAGCAACAGGAAAGCUCUCCUGAUGAUCCUCGAGAAAAUCGUGGAGGACCCGCAGAGUGGCAGCGUGCUGAACGUCAGUUACGCGGACAUCUCCGGCCCGGUGGCCAACUUCAACCCCACUGGGUCCCCCUACGCGCACGGCGGAGGCGCUCCAGCGUCGAUGCACGGCUUCGGCGGGAACUCUCUCAACAUGGGAGCCCUGCUGAUGGGCGGUGGAGGUGGUGGGGGGAUGGGAAUGGGAAUGGGUGGCGGCGGGGGCGGAGCUAGCAACAGCUUGAACCUCAGCCUGAACCUGAGUGGGCCGACGGGCAGCAGCCACUCGCUCACCUCCCAGCUGCUGGACCACAUCAAGGUGACGCUGCGGUCCAGUGGCUACACGGACCAGGCGACGGGGGAGAUCAUAGGGGCCAUGACCACGCUCGCGCGCUACGGCAUCCUCGGCAUGGGCCUGGGCCUGUCCGGCGGCGGCAGCUCCUCGCAGUUCCUCGGCUUCGGGGGCAUGGACGGGGGUUCCCAGCCGCUCAACGGGGGCGCCUUCGGCCCCAUAGGGACCAUGGCCAGCUCGUCGCCCCGAGCGGGGGACCGCUUCGGCGACGGGGUCAACUACGACCUGUUCAAGCGCCAGGGGAACCCGCUCUCCGUGAACAACAACUCCUUCGGGCUGGGCACGUCGCAGUCGGCCCUGUCGCCGGGGGGCGACGGCGGCGAGGGGGCGGACAACCCCAAGAAGAUCGAGAUGGAGAUCAGCGAGAACAUCGUGGGGGCCAUCCUGGGCACCGGAGGCCGCGCCCUGGUGGAGAUCCAGCACUACAGCGGCGCCGCCAUCCAGAUCUCCAAGAAGGGCGUGUUUGCACCGGGCACGCGUAACCGCAUCGUGACCAUCUCGGGCCCGGGACACUGCAUCAGCACGGCGCAGUACCUCAUUGAGCAGCGCGUCACGGAGGAGGAGGCCAAGCGCUCGCGGGGGAGCAAAGUCACGGCCUGAACCGUGUCCCCUUCCUCUCUCUGACACACACGCAUUUAUUCCACGACUCAUUGGUAGGGUGUCUGUUGGGUCGUGAAUGUCCCUUUAGUCCUCGCAAAAUCACAAAUUAAAAAAAAAAAAGGCUGGAAGAGACCCUAAAAAUAUUGAAAAAAUGAAAUUUUUAGUUUCUCAUCAUUAAUUCUGAAAUUGGCAAUAGUUGGUGCCUUAAUUUUGCUAUUGUAAAAAAAAGUUAAAGGACAGUCACUACCGUAUUUUCCAGCAUAGGAGGGAGCUAACAUUACAUACAGGCCGGAAGUGAGAUUUUUAACUAUUCAAAAUUAGAAAAUAAUUCCCAUUUUUAUGUGAUUCACAUCCUAACUCUGUGCAACAGUAUUGUAGGUACUGUUGGGUCUGCAGUUUCGUUGCGAACGUAACGUAAGUACCAUCACGACCUGCCAUGCAACUUACUCUAUGUCCUGGAAAAAAUGGUGGAUAUCCGCGAUCCAGUUGCCACCCUAAUUCAUCUCACCGUGGGACAAUCUGCAGACUUGUCGGCUGUGCGACAGCUCUGUUCCCCUUGAAACACGCAGUUACUCGUUCCCGCGAAUAUUACAAGAUUUUAUUCUUUCCAAUUUUAGGUUUUAAAACUAGCCUCAUCGUUUAUGUUGCCAACUUAUGUGUUUAUUUUUCUCUGAGGUCUUUCGUUAUUUCUUCAUUCUUUGGAACACAAGCUCUAUUUUCAUAUUACUUAAUGUUGUGCAUUUUUUAAUUCAGUUUUUUACAUAGACACACCAUUCCAUUUGCUUAUUCUCAGCAGAUGUAUGGCAACAGUUCUGACGUCCAAGUUGUGCACAUGUGGUUAUAACAUUCAAAUAUGAAUUACGUGUAUGGUUUUGUGUUCGGAAUAAAUUUUAUGCUUAGGAUCAAAUUAUAUUUGUCGUAAAAAGUUGUUGAAGGGAGGUUUUCGUGGGAUUUGAUAAUAUGUAGCAUAAUUAUUGUCGGGUGGUUUAUUAAAUUGCAUAGUACGUACCGUAUAUACUCGUGUAUAGCGCGCCCUUUUUUCCCCUCGGGUAAAGGAAAAAAAAUUAAGGAUGCUCGCUAUACACGGAAAAAAAAAGUUAGGGGGUGGCGGGGAGGAGAAGUGGUAGUCGUUAACUGGACAUUUCUGGCCAGCCCCCACACAUACGCACAAGCAACAAGGCUUCUCUUUCACACACACACACACACACACAGACUCACAACCUCGUCUCUCCACACAUGCUCACACACACACACACACACACACACACACACACACGUGCGCACGCAAGCUCGCACAUCAUGGUCUCUUGUUUAUUUUUAGACCUCCCCCUCUACAGAAAGCCAGCACAGCAGCUAGUAAAAUAAAAGAGAGAGAGAGAGAGAGAGAGAAUGUUGUCACCAGUUCCCCCCCCCCCCCCCCCCCCCCCCCCCGACCACUUUCAUCGCUUCCUCGUCCCGGUAGACCGGUGAGUCAUCUAGUCCUCCGUGCCAGCUUAGCAACGUAGCGUGGCACGCUUCAUUUUGUGUGUCCCUAACAAUGUGUUAACUAUCAGUUGAAAUAUCUAUGUAGAAGCUUCGUGAAGGGAGUGGUGGUGUUUAGUCCUGUCAACUGUCAGGGUUACUUGAUGGUCAUAGUCCCAUUCCUGCCUGCCUCCCUCCCCCUCGCUCCCGUCCACGUACCAGUUGUGAUGAUACAGCGCUUCAUUAUCGUCCGUCUACACAGCAGAGUUUAAGUAUUUUCCUGACUCAUCACCACACAUCGAUAUAAAUAAUCAUUUGUUUCAUAAGUAAUUACUUAACAGGUACUACAAAAUGUUAGUAAAAUGUAUUUAUGGGAAAAAAAAUUAAUUUUUUUUCUUUGGAAUUUGUUGCAAAAAUCGUGGUGCGCGCUAUACACGAGUAAAUACGGUAUGUACAGUAGAACCCUGUUACAAUGUUUCUGCUUAUAAUGUUUUCCUGCUGGUAACAACACAUUUUUUUAAGUUCCGACAUUUUCCCCAUAAGGACAUUCCUUUUACAAAUGGUGCAUAUCCUGCUUGUAACGUUUGCUUUCUAAAAUUCAAUAAAUGCAAAAAAAAAAGUAAAAACCUUACUGUUCUAACACUUAUCACCAUUUUGUUUACUGUUAUACCAUGGAUGCAAAUUGUUAGGGUAGUAUUGUUUGCAGAAACAAAAUGUAAAUAUACCAGAACACUAGAGCUACAUGUUAGUGCUAGCUAACGCUGUGUAUUAUAUAUACCGAAGGUACAAAAUGUUAGCAGUUAUGUCUGUUGGCACCCUUGUCUUGAACAAAAAAAUUUCAGUUCCUGGCCAAUCUAGAAUGUUUUCGGAUGUACGUACGUAAUCCAUCAAUCUUUUAGUUUGCACACCUUUCUGUGAUGGCAAAAAAAAAAAGCUUUCUAUUGCUGAUGUGAUAAGAGUUAAAUUUAUUUUAUUCAUAGGUAGGAAUUCCAAAAUCACACAUUUUCAAGUAGCAUCAUCAUGAAUCAUGAGACAGUUUUACAGAAAUCUAGCAGUGUGUCUUUAAAGAUAAAUAAAAUAGAAGCUGGAAGCAUGACGAAGUUGAAAAGUUGGCUUGGUUAAGCAUAUUUGAGCAUAAGAGUUUACCCAUCGGUGGUUUUAACCAUUAAAUUUGUUUACUUAGCUUGAUGAAUCCAUUGGUAGAAAUUUCAAACAUUGAUAAGUGCUAAAUUGAUAUUUCCUGCUUAUGUUUUUUUUUUCCUUAUACUCUCUUGAAAAACGUUAUAACAGGGUUCAACUCUGUGAUUAUUGUAGUAACAUAGAUUAUAUCUUUGUGUUAAAUGACAAACAGUAGCAGUAGAAUGUGUUUGGAAAAAAAUUAUCUGUAUGUUUGUUGUGUGUACAGUUGUGUUCUGUAUGUGUGCCAUAGCAAAAGGGAGUACUUGUUGGUUCUGAUUUAUUUUAUUUUAUUUUAAAGACAGGAUGAAUUUUAUACCGUAUAUUAAUUAGGAAUUUUAAGUUGAACAGGGUAAUAUGAUGUGUGUUUUUUGAAGUGAUUGACUGUUUGGUUCCAGUACUUUAUAGCUUGAACAGACGGACGUCUUUUUUUAUAUACGACCGAUUCAAGUUUUGAGUGUGAAACUACGAGAAGAAACUGGAAGCCAAGGCAAAACUGAAGCAGCGCACCAUUUCCUCUCAUUUCAUUAUCAUGUAUUACCUCAUUGUAAGCCAUUAUCAAUAAAUCCAUGACAGACAAA